AUGAUCAUCUAAAAUCAUCACCAAAAUGAAAUUCGGCAAACAAUUUACCGCUCAAAUGGUUCCCGAAUGGCGCCAAGCUUACAUGGAUUACGAUUUUCUCAAGUCCCUUUUGAAGCAAAUCGAUACCUUCAACAAAACCCACGCCAAAAAUCACCCCCCGAGCCACCCCGGCCAGCUCAAAAGGGCUCUGACGCUCUACAGGGCGUUCAGUGGGCUGACACUCCGCCGCAGCCACAGCCAUGGGCUUGCCAGUCCUGGGUCGCCGCCGGAUGCAGAGGAGCAGACGAUUCUGGUGAACUCGGUGAACAGAGACGGGACGAAGAAGUACCGGACGACGUUUUUGAUGGCGGAUGAGGAGGGCGGCGAGUAUGAGCUGGUGUACUUCCGGUCGUUGGAUAGGGAGUUUAAUAAAGUGGAUAAGUUUUACAGGUCGAAAGUGGAGGAAGUUAUGAAGGAAGCGAGUGUUUUGAAUAAGCAAAUGGAUGCUUUGAUUGCUUUCAGAAUUAAAGUGGAGAAUCCUAAGGGUGUUUGGGAUUUCUCCGGCGACCGGUCGGAGGAGAUUACAAGGCUAGCCACUGAUAUUGCGGUUUCCACGGCGGCCUUGUCUUCUUCAACUCCUUCCGGGGUCCGAGCUAGCAGACGAGUUCAUAUAACGAUGGACGCUAUUGAGGAAGGGGAAGGCGGGUCGAGCCAUAACAAUAAUUUUAAACCGGAGAACGAGUCGAAGGUCGAGAAGGGAGAGGAAAAGUCCAAUGGGGAAGAAGAGAAGGAAACAAAGAUGAGAGCCAACAGGCCACCUCCAUUGGAGCUGCUUGAUCGUGUGAAAUUGAACACGACAGUAGAGACUCCAAGAUCAACAAUUAAAGGGCUUUUGAACUUUCCCAAGAACUCAGAACUUCAAUUUAACAAAGAAAAUCUUAACAAAAUUGAGAAUCAACUCAGAAAGGCUUUUGUUGUGUUCUACCACAAGCUUAGACUGCUGAAGAGCUUCAGUUUUNUGAAUACUUUGGCAUUUUCGAAGAUAAUGAAGAAAUAUGAUAAGAUUACUUCAAGAGAUGCUGGAAAGGCUUACAUGAAGAUGGUGGACAGCUCUUACCUUGGGAGUUCUGAUGAGGUUUCCAAGUUAAUGGAGAGGGUGGAAGCUACAUUUAUCAAACACUUCUGCAAUGCUAAUCGAACCAAAGGAAUGAAUAUCUUGAGACCCAAAGCAAAGAAAGAAAGGCAUAGAACAACAUUUUCAGUUGGUUUCUUUGCUGGCUGCACCAUAGCUCUUAUCGUCGCCCUCAUUUUCAUUACACGAGCACGGCAUAUAAUCGACCGAGAAGGCCACUCCCAGUAUAUGGAUACCAUGUUUCCUCUUUACAGCUUGUUUGGAUUCGUUGUCUUGCACUUGCUAAUGUAUGCAGCAAACAUAUACUUUUGGAGGAGAUACCAAGUGAAUUAUUCAUUCAUCUUUGGUUUCAAACAAGGCACUGAGUUGGCGUACCGUGACGUUUUGCUUCCCAGUUUUGCCGUGGCGACUCUUGCUUUAGCCUGUGUUCUUUCCAAUCUUGACAUGGAGAUGGACCCUGAAACCAAGCCAUAUCAAGCAGUGACUGAACUUCUACCUUUAGUUUUGCUUCUUGUUGUGGUUGCAGUCUUCUUGUGUCCAUUCAACAUCCUAUAUCGCUCGAGUCGCGUCUUCUGCUUAAAAACUCUGUACCGCUGCAUAUGUGCUCCCCUCUACAUGGUCGUCUUCGCUGAUUUUUUCUUGGCAGAUCAGUUCACGAGCCAGGUGCAAGCACUUCGUAGCUUGGAAUUCUACAUUUGCCAUUACGGUUGGGGAGAUUACAAACAUCGACAAAACACUUGUAGAGAGAACACUGUAUUCAACACGUUCAGUUUCAUCAUUGCUGUUAUUCCAUAUUGGUCACGUCUUCUUCAGUGUCUCAGGCGACUGUACGAGGAGAAAGAUGUAAUGCAGGGAUACAAUGGACUGAAGUACUUCUUGACCAUUGUAGCUGUUUGCUUGAGGACAGCUUACAAUCUGAACAAGGGAGUAUUAACUUGGAAAGUUCUAGCCGCAGUUUUCUCGGCUGUGGCUGCCAUUAUAUGCACGUAUUGGGACAUCGUAAUGGACUGGGGCCUCCUGCAGCGGAAUUCCAAGAACCGCUGGUUGAGAGACAAGCUACUUGUUGGUCACAACAGUGUGUAUUUUGUAGCAAUGGGCUUGAAUGUUUUGCUGCGGUUUGCUUGGCUGCAAACCGUGUUGGAUUUCCAGUUCUCCUUCCUGCACACACAAGGUUUGAUUACAAUAGUUGCCAGCCUCGAGAUCAUUCGUCGUGGCAUAUGGAAUUUCUUCAGGCUGGAGAACGAGCAUCUGAACAAUGUUGGGAAGUACCGUGCAUUUAAAUCUGUACCGCUGCCUUUCAACUAUGAUGAAGAUGAUGACAAAGAUGAUUAAAAUUUUCUGGACAGCAUUCUUUCAACAUAUGCAGUUCAAAUGUUUCUAAAUGUUCAACAAUUUUUUUACAGUAUAUAUCAAAUACACAUCAUUGCAAUAUCAUCUCGACUCUACUUUUCUCAUGAUUCCUCUAUCCGAAUGGAAUUGG